GAUCAAACCCGCAACCUCAUGGUUCCUAGUCAGAUUCGUUAACCACUGUGCCACGACGGGUACUCCCAACAACGAAGUUAUAUCACUGAGAUUGUCUCAGACAUGGUUGGCGUGGCUGGGGAAACAGAAAUCCACUGAGGGGAGUUGUAAGGAUUCCAUGAAUUUUCACAGAACCCACAGAUCUGUAGGGAGCUGAGACUGGAACUCCGUCUCUGACAUUCAUCUUUAUAUCACUUCCCUUGAGCCUUUUCUCUUUCACAGUAGACACGGGCUGUCCAUGGAACCAGAAAACCUAACAACAGUCUCAGAAUUCCUCCUCCUGGGACUCUCAGAAAAGCCAGAGCAUCAGAGCUUCCUCUUUGGGCUGUUUCUGUCCAUAUAUCUGGUCACUGUCUUUGGAAACCUGCUCAUCAUCCUGGCCAUCAUCUCAGAUUCCCACCUCCACACCCCUAUGUAUUUCUUCCUCUCCAACCUGUCCCUCAUUGACAUCUUCUUCUCUUCCACCACCAUCCCCAAGAUGCUGGUGAACCUCUGGACUCAGUGCCAAGCCAUCCCCUUUGCAGGCUGCCUCGCCCAGAUGUAUGCCUUCCACCUGUUUGGGACCAUGGAUAGCUUCCUCCUGGCUGUGAUGGCAAUUGAUCGAUUCAUGGCCAUUGUCCACCCUCUACGCUACUUGGUCAUCAUGAGCGCCUGUGUGUGUGGGCUGCUGGUGGGGGGGGCAUGGCUGAUCACCAACCUCCAGUCCCUCGUGCACACCUGCCUCAUGGCUCAACUGACCUUCUGUGCUGGCUCUGAAAUCCCCCACUUCUUCUGUGACCUCAUGCCCCUGCUGAAGCUCUCUUGCUCAGACACCCACACCAACAAGCUGGCGAUCUUUGUUUUUGGCAUCAUCAUGGGCAUCAGCCCCCUCGCAUGCAUCCUCUUCUCAUAUGCGUGCAUUUUCUGGGCAGUCUUCAAGAUCCCUUCUGCUCAGGGCAAGUGGAAAGCCUUCUCCACUUGCAGCUCACAUCUCACCGUGGUGUCACUAUUCUAUGGUACCAUCUUUGCUGUGUACUUGCAGCCCGCAUCUCCUGCCUCCACCCAGAAAGAUAAGGUGGCUGCUCUGAUGUGUGGGGUGGUUAUCCCUAUGCUAAACCCCUUUAUCUACAGCCUAAGAAACAAGAACAUGAAGGAGGCCCUGAGGAAGCUGGUUGGCAAAGUGGCCUCUUCUCAGUCCUAAAGCACAGUAGUUUUUGGGUGCCUGUUGUAUUCCAGGACCACAUUUCAGUGCCUGGGACUCAGGGAUACAUCCAAUCUCUGAUCUCAAGGCAUUCAGAAUCUAGUGGGGAAGAGAGACCUGUAAAUAGAGCAUCACAGAGCAACAUGGUAAAUGUGUCAUAAAAGAAACAUAAAGUGUUGGAGUUCCCAUCAUGGCUCAGUGGUUAACGAACCCAACUAGGAACCAUGAUGUUGCAGGUUCUAUCCCUGG